UGCUUUCAGAGCCGCAGGCCUUUAGUCCCUCCCAUGCGUUUGUCUCGCUCGUCUUCCCGCGUCUGCGCACCUUCGCCCGGCCUAGAGCUCCCCGCCGUAUCCCGCACAAUUCACCCUCCGCACGGACAGCAUGUCUGAGUACAGCGCGGUGCCGCCGCCCGGCGCCGGAGCGGCUCUGGGAGCCGGUGGACUCAAGAAAGACGCGUUCGCCGACGCGGUAGAGCGCGCGCGGCAGAUCGCAGCAAAGAUCGGCGGAGACGUCACGGGUCCCCCCAUGAGCAAUAACGGCGGAGCGGAGAGCUACCCCUUCGCGGCACAGAAGCGAUCGCUGGAGGACGGAGAUCAGCCUGAAAGUAAGAAGAUGGCAUCUGACAGAGACAAUGCUUCAGCCCUGUCUAUUGGAGCCCAGCUGGCUGCCCUUUCCCAGCAGAGUGUACGUCCCUCGACUCUCACAGAAGAGUACAGAGUCCCUGAUGGCAUGGUUGGGCUCAUCAUUGGUCGGGGUGGAGAGCAGAUCAAUAAGAUCCAGCAGGACUCUGGCUGUAAAGUUCAGAUUGCUCCAGACAGCGGCGGUCUUCCAGACAGGAGUGUCUCUCUCACCGGCCCCCCUGAAGCCAUCCAGAAGGCUAAAAUGCUGCUGGAUGACAUCGUCUCUCGGGGGCGGGGCACACCUCCCUCCUUCCACGAGUCGACCAAUGGGAGCGGCCACAUGCAGGAAAUGAUCGUUCCGGCAGGAAAAGCAGGGCUUAUCAUCGGCAAAGGAGGAGAGACCAUUAAACAGCUACAGGAGCGCGCUGGCGUGAAGAUGAUUUUGAUUCAGGAUGCUUCUCAGGGGCCAAACAUGGACAAACCUUUGCGCAUCAUUGGAGAUCCUUACAAAGUCCAGCAAGCGCGUGAAAUGGUGGAGGAGAUUCUGCGAGAGCGGGAUCAUCCCGGCUUCGACAGAAAUGACUACGGCUCUCGAAUAGGUGGAGGAAUCGAGGUGCCUGUUCCGCGUCACUCUGUUGGCGUUGUGAUUGGCCGAAGUGGAGAGAUGAUCAAGAAGAUUCAGAACGAUGCCGGCGUGAGGAUACAGUUUAAACCAGAUGACGGUACCGGUCCAGAUAAGAUCGCUAACAUAAUGGGUCCUCCUGACCGCUGCGAACACGCCGCCAGUAUCAUCAACGAACUUCUGCAGAGCAUCAGAGUCCGAGAGGAAGGAGGAGGGGGUCCUCCCGGUCCUCCGGGCACAGGCAUGCCCCCAGGUGGGCGUGGCAGGGGGCGCGGUCCGGGUAACUGGGGCCCUCCUGGUGGCGAGAUGACCUUUUCAAUCCCCGCCCACAAAUGCGGUCUGGUGAUCGGCCGAGGCGGCGAGAACGUGAAGGCCAUCAACCAGCAGACGGGCGCCUUCGUGGAGAUCUCGCGCCAGCCGCCGCCCAACGGAGACCCCAACUUCAAACUGUUUACCAUCCGGGGAUCUCCUCAGCAGAUCGACCACGCCAAACAGCUGAUCGAGGACAAGAUCGAGGGUCCCCUGUGCCCUGUUGGACCUGGACCGGGUGGGCCGGGCCCCGCUGGACCCAUGGGCCCCUACAACCCGAACCCAUACCAGCCCGGACCCCCUGGUGGACCACCACACGGUGGUCCUCCUGGCGGUCAGUAUCCUCAGGGUUGGGGAAAUACGUACCAGCAGUGGCAGCCACAAGAUCCCAGUAAAGCAGCGGCGGAUCAAAACGCGGCGUGGGCGGCUUAUUACGCACAGUACUACCAGCAGCCCGGAGGGGGCGCCAUGCCUGGACAGACGCCUGCGGCCCAACCGGCUGCUCCCGCUCCUGCUGACCAGAGCCAAGCUGCUCCUGGAGCCGCCCAGCCAGACUACACCAAGGCCUGGGAGGAGUACUACAAAAAGAUGGCUGCAGCAGGAGGAGGUGCUGCUCCCGCCGCAGGAGGAGCUCAAGCGGCUGCGGCUCCAGGGGCGGGACAGACAGACUACAGCGCCGCAUGGGCCGAAUAUUACAGACAGCAGGCUGCUUAUUACGGACAGACGGGACAGGCCCCGGGACAGCCGGGCGCCACACCGCAGGGCCAGCAGGCGCAGUGAGGUGACUGUUGUUGAGCUCUCGUCCGUCCUGCUCCUUCCCACCAUCCUCUCCCUCUCCUCUGACUAAAGGACAUCUGCUCUUCCUGUUUUGUUUUUUUCUUCUCGUGUCCAGCUGAAAAGCUCUGUGACUCUCUUUCUCCUCUCGACGCCGGAUUUCUGUCUUUAUGAAAUGUCACGGCUUCUGCAAACACUCUUGUUUCUCCUCCUAGUUUUUGCUGGAUCCACAAACGCUGAUGGACUGAACUCAAACUCUGCCUUCCCCUCCACGAACGCUUCGUCCCUCCUCUUCCUCGCAUCAGUGUGACUCAUGGCCAGGAGACACAAGGGAAUGCUUCUAACUUCCUCACAUGAGCGUGCACUUCCUGUUUUUGCAUAAUGUUUUUUUUUUUUAAUUUUAAAUAUUUUUUGAGAAAAUGGAUCCAUUUAGAGGAAACCUUCAGGUGUUAAUAACUACUGUGUUUCAAACUCAAUGAGUAACCAUGUCUUUUUUUUUUUCAUGCCUUGUUUUUGCUUUUAGUCCUUUUUAAUUUGAUUGAGCUGGAACAUUCCCAUUGUUUAACGUGUUCACUUUUUUUCUUUCUAUACAUGUAGUGAGUUUUUUUUAAUGUGAUUAAUUUUUCUCCUGUGAUAUCAAAUGGGGUUUCAGUGUGUGUAUGUGUGUGUAUGUAUGUUUGUGGGUCUCAUGUCCCGUGUGUGUGUGUGUGUGUGUGUGUGUGUGUGUGUGUGUGUGUGUGUGUGUGUGUGUGUGUGUGUGUGUGUGUGUGUGUGUGUGUGUGUGCGCGCGUGCGUGUUCUGGUACUGAAACUCAAGCAAUGUUUUGCUCCUCACUCUGUGAAAUGAGGGUUUCUCCCCCCCCCCACCCCCCUCUUCCCUUCCCAAGUUAUUGGAAGUCAUGACGUUAUAAAAAAGAUAAAUUGUAUGCUUUUUUUUUUACUGCUUGUUUUUAAAAACUACAAAAUAAACAUUACAAAAUCCUCAUCUGAUCACAUGA